AUGAACCGUGUCGGGCGCAGCAAGCAGCUACUGAGUUUUCAGCGAGUUUUAAGCUUACACAUCAGGCAGAAAAAUAGCAUUCCAAACAAUGAAAAGCCAAACACGAAAAGUAAACGAUACAGCAAUACGUUGAAUUUGCCACAAACUUCUUUCCCGUUGUCAAUGAAGAAUGGCACUGCAGCACAACGAGAGCUGGAAAUACAAAAGACUAACGGCUUUCAGUCGCUGUAUCAGUGGCAGCGUGAACAGAACUGGGACAAAGAGUUUGUGCUGCAUGAUGGUCCCCCUUAUGCAAACGGAAAGCCUCAUGUUGGCCAUGUGGUAAACAAGGUUCUAAAAGACAUCAUGAAUCGCUACAAAGUUCUGAAAAAACACAAAGUCCACUAUGUGCCAGGUUGGGAUUGUCAUGGGAUGCCAAUUGAAAUGAAAACCAUCGCAAAUAUGUCUGGGGGACACCAGACUUUACAGCCAUUAGAGAUUAGAGCCAAAGCAAAGCAGUUUGCAGAGAAGGUUUUGGAAGAACAGAAGUUAUCUUUCCAGCGCUGGGGUGUGAUGGGUGACUGGAACAACCCAUAUAAAACUUUAACACCAGAUUAUGAGGCCAGACAGCUGGAAGUUUUUUAUCAAAUAUUUGAAAAGGGUUACAUAUAUAGGAACUAUAUGCCUGUGUACUGGUCCCCGUCAUCUCAAUCAGCCUUAGCAGAGGCAGAAUUGGAGUACAAAUCUAACCAUGUCAGCAAAUCAACUCUUGUGAAGUUUCUGGUGACCAAUCAGACAGAUCACUUAAGGCUGACUAUUGGUAAUCAUUCUCCUGUUUACGCAUUAGUUUGGACCACAACUCCAUGGACUCUUCCAUUUAAUCAGGCCAUCUGCUACAAUCCUAAAGUUAAGUACAUGUUUGUCCGUGAUGAGACGUCUCAGGAUGUUUAUUUAUGUGAGGAUCAAUUUACAGACAAACUAGCGUCCAUUUUGUCAGGUCCACUCACUCCACUGUUGGCAGUAGAAGGUUUCACCCUACAUGGAGUAGACUACCAGCACCCUCUCACCAAAGCAGAGCUCCCUUUUCUGCCAUCGAGUCAUGUGACAUCUGGGAAAGGCACAGGACUAGUUCACACAGCACCAGCUCAUGGCCAUGAUGACUUUAAUGUGGCAGUUGCCCACGGUUUAAAAACGGAGUGUCAUGUUGACGAGCGGGGAACCUACAUCUCAGGUGUCGACAGUGACUUGCUUGGGAAAACUGUUGGAGUCGAUGCUGAUGAUGCAGUGAUUGCUGCCCUUGGACCUCAUGUGAUCAAAGCUGAGGACUUCACACACAGCUAUCCGUACGAUUGGAGGACCAAGCAGCCAGUCAUCAUCCGAGCCAGCAAGCAGUGGUUCUUUGAUGUCAAAGCUCUGAAACGAGUUGCUUUGGAGUGCUUAUCCAAAGUGAAGAUCACGCCUCCAAACUCUGAAAAUGGAAUGGUAGCAGAACUGAUGUCUCGACCCUAUUGGUGCAUCUCAAGGCAAAGGUCGUGGGGUGUUCCUAUUCCCAUAUUUUAUCACAAGUUUUCAGGGGAGCCUUUAAUUACCAGAGAGACUAUGGACCAUGUUAUCAGCCUGGUGUGCUUACAUGGCUCUGACUGCUGGUGGAGGCUGCCCGUAGAAGAACUGCUUCCGAACCACGAAUGUGUGUGGGUGUGGGAAUGUGUGUGGGUGGGGGAAUGUGUGUGGGUGGGGGAAUGUGUGUGGGUGGGGGAAUGUGUGUGGGUGGGGGAAUGUGUGUGGGUGGGGGAAUGUGUGUGGGUGGAUGGGGAGUGUGUGUGGGUGGGGGAAUACUAUGGCGGACAGGCAGAUGUCUACCUUGAGGGCAUCGACCAGUUCAAAGGUUGGUUCCAGACAUCUUUGCUCACCAGUGUCGUCGUCAAUGGAAAGGCGCCUUACAGGCAUCUGAUAACUCAUGGAUUUGCCACGGAUGAACAGGGAAGGAAAAUGUCCAAGUCUGUGGGAAAUGUGGUUAACCCAGCAGAAGUCAUCAAUGGUGGCCAGAAUAAAAAUGAAUCCCGGUCGUAUGGUGUGGACAUUUUGAGGUGGUGGGUAGCUCAUAGCCAUCAGCACCAACACAUCAUGGUGGGGCCAAGUUUGCUGCAGCAGUUGCAGGAGGAUGUGUUCAAGGUGCGCAGAUGUAUACGACACCUUCUGGGGAACUUGUUUGAUUUUGACCCCAAGUCUCACAUAGUGCCUUACUCCAGACUGACCACACUGGACAAGUAUAUGUUACAUAUUCUCUACACAACCAUGCAACAGAUUGAAGAUGCCUAUGAAAAUGUCAAUUAUUACAAAGUGAUUCAACACUUAGAGAAAUUUUUCUACUCAGAUCUCUCCAGUUUCUACAUCAGCAACACCAAAGACAGGUGUUAUUGUGAUGCAGCAAACAGUGAAAGUCGGAGGUCAAGUCAGACAGUACAGUAUUAUGUCACAAAAUCAAUCACGUCUGCUUUCGCUCCGAUAGUUCCUCAUCUGGCAGAAGAAAUCUACAGACACCUGACAGGUUUCCAGUUACAGAAUUCAGAGAGUGACAGUGUGUUCAAACAUGGCUGGUGCCCCCCACAAGCAGAAUGGGACAAUCCAGAGGUGGCCUGCAAUCUGAUGCCUGUAUUUGACAUGAAAAGGUCCCUAACUGAUGUACUAGGACCAACAGAAAACCCUAUAGACUUUGAUGUGCUCAUUUAUAGUAGCCCAGAACUUCAUGAUUUGUUGAGGGCAAUGCAGCCAGAGAUCACUUCAGCAACUUCCUCUUUGUGCGAGAUCUUCCAGACCUCCCAGGUGUCAGUGCUGGACUCUCCUCCCCCAGUUAUUCCCGACGACACACUGAUUGUGCAAGGCACUACCCUGGUACAUCAGACUGGGAUGGAGGUAGACUACAAGAUGAUAGUAGCACCCGCCUUACUGCACAUCUGUGAGAGAUGUCGCCGCUACACAGCCCAGCACGCAUCUAGUCCCUGUGAGAGGUGUUUGAAUGCAGUAGCACGUGACUGGAGUGUAUGA